UGAGUCAUAUAGGGAGAGUCCUGCCUGCUGCUGGUGUGUGUUUACUCUGCUCUGCCUCUGCUCGGAGCUGUGAAGGCGUUUUUUUUUGUUGGUGGAGGAGAAAGAAAGAAGCAACAGGAGGACUGGAGAAAGUCCUCAGAGUCUGGAUACUAUUAACCCGCUUAAUUAAUGAGAAAGAGGAGAAGAGUGUUCAGUCCGUUUUCUAAAUGGAUUUACUUCGCUUUUCCGCUUUCUGGUGUGGAGUGAUCCUCUUUGGUUGUUUCCAGCUCGAGGAGGCGGAAGCCAAUAUAAUGAAGGUGAGAAGGCUGUGCAAGUUCUGUGAUUUACGGUUCACCAGCUGCACAGGUAGAGGGAGCUGCAAGGCGGACUGCGAGAUCACGUCCAUCUGCCCCAAUUACGACGAUGUGUGCGUCAGUAUGUGGAGGAGGAUUGAUGACAAUUUCACCUUUGAGACACUCUGCCACAACCGAUCAGAUACGCUGUACGGCCUGGUCCUGGAGGAUUACAACAACAGCAAGUGUGAGAUGAAAGAAAGAAAGGGCAUGGGCUCCCUGUUCUUUAUCUGUUCCUGCACCGGGGAGGAGUGCAACGAGCACGUCUUCUUUAGCUCCUCUAAGGAAUCCCAGGUGGUGGCAGUCAUCCUAGUGAGCCUGGUGCCUCUGCUGGUCAUGGCUGUUCUCGUCAUCACUUCCUUCUACGUUUACCGGGUCUACCGCCAGCGCCAAGCCAAAUCCAGGCGCAAGAGGGGCCUGGACUUCAGCGACGGUCGCGCCAUCAUGACAGACGACGAAGGCUCGGACAGCAGCUCCACGCACGCCAACAACCUCAACCACAACACGGAGCUGCUGCCCAUCGAGCUGGACGUUCAGGUCGGAAAAGGUCGCUUCGCGGAAGUUUACAAAGCCAAACUCAAGCAGGGCUCCUCAGUCAGCGAGGAGCAGGGCUUCGAGACGGUGGCCGUUAAGAUCUUCCAGUACGAGGAGUACGCCUCCUGGAAGAACGAGAAGGAGAUCUUCUCCGACGCAGACUUGAGACACGACAAUGUGCUUCACUUCCUGACAGCGGAGGACAGGAAGGCGCAGAGACAGUGCUGGCUGAUCACGGCCUACCAGCCGAGAGGGAACCUCCAGGAGUUCUUGAUCCACCACGUCGUCAGCUGGCACGACCUGUGGCAGCUGGGGGCUUCGCUAGCGCAGGGAGUGGCGCACCUUCACAGUGACCACACCACCUGCGGUCGCUACAAGGUGCCUAUCGCGCACAGGGACAUUAAGAGCUCCAACAUACUGGUGAAAAGCGACCUGACGUGCUGCCUGUGUGACUUUGGCCUCGCCCUCCGCCUGGACAACGCUCUGUCUGUGGAUGAGCUGGCCAACAGUGGGCAGGUUGGUACAGCCAGGUACAUGGCCCCAGAGGUGUUGGAGUCCAGAAUCAACCUCGAAAACAUUGAGUCCUUCAAACAGGCCGAUGUUUACUCCAUGGCUCUUGUUCUGUGGGAGAUCAUCUCCAGGUGCAACGCAAUCGGAGAGGUGAAAGAGUACGAGCCACCCUUUGGGAACCUGAGGGAACACCCGUGUGUAGAGAGCAUGAAGGACAGCGUUCUCCGAGACAGAGGAAGACCUGAGAUCCCCGACAGCUGGAUCAACCAUCCAGGCAUCCAGAUGGUGUGCGCCUCCAUAGACGAGUGCUGGGACCACGACCCGGAGGCCCGUCUGACAGCCCAGUGUGUCGCCGAGCGCUUCGACGACAUGGAGUACCUGGACAAGCUGUCAGAUCGCUCCGACUCAGAGGAGAAGAUCCCCGAGGAAAUCUUAACGGUGGAUGAGAAGUAGUGCUCAACAGACACACUGCCCCCACCAGGGCGGCAGAGGAAUCGCACCCAAGCAGCUGGGAGAGAGAGAGAAACUCCAGUGGAUGCAUUGUUUGCUGUGGGUUUGUCAGAAAUGCGUUGACGGAGGAGCAAACUGGAAAAUCAUGAUGAAUCAGAACUGAUAGCAGAGAUGGACUUCCAUAUACAGAUCAGGACCAACCAUAAAUAUAGACUUGAUUUGUUCUCUUCUACAUGCUUCAAAGACUGGAUCAAGUCAUAAACAAACAGGGAAAUUACAUUAUAAAGCUUUUUUUAACCAAAUACUAUUUGCACUUUAUCAAUAUCUAUGCACACCAAAUGAUAUAUUUUUUUUGUUUUGACAAUACAUUUCAGGUAUAGGACAUAAAGGGACCACAUGUAUUUAGCAAAGAGGAUAAAAGGGAGUAACGUAAUAUAUUAAGACACUUAAUAACACUAACUUCCCCCUUAUAGUUUAUUGACUAUACGUUUUCCUUGGUGGCCUGCCUUGGAUAUAUGUCUGCGGGACUGGAUUCAAGGUGCAAGUAUAAUUUCUUGUGGCAUGAAAUGGAAAUUACCCACAGCAAAGGAAUAGAAAAACCCAUCCAAGGCAGUAAUCUGCAGGGAGAGUUGAUAUCUCAAGGACUAUGAUUUGUAAAAUAAAUUCAGCCUGAAAGGGAAAAAAAGGGAAUAGAUAUACUGUAUAAUGUGUGUGUGAAUGCGUGCGUGUGUGUGUGUGUGCAUAUAUUACUCAGAGGACUCUGAUCUCGGUCUGUUUAGUCAGACCAAGAGCAUAAAGGGAAUAGAGCCAUGUAUAAUGGACUCUAAACAGGAAGUCGCAGACCGCUGCCUGUGUAUACGCUAUAAAAGCUGAACUAGACAUUUUUGUUACAGAAAAGGGAGUUCUGAUCCAGCGGUCAGAAAAGAUCUAUAUCAAAGUCUUUUUUUUUUUUUUGUAUAAAAGUGUAAAGCCAUAAUUAAAAGUGUUACAGGUC